UUGUUUUAUUAUACUUAGGAAGGAGACGUUUAUUGAAGUGUUUACUUGAAAUACACGGUCUUUUCAAUGAAGAUGACCCAAGAUUCCUACUAAACGACUUGUACAUCACGGACUACAGUGUAUGGCUACAAAAAACUAGCGGUAAAAAGCUGCAUUCCCUUGCCAAGACAUUGCAAAAGAUGAAAGUGAACAAAAAAGACAUUGGUUGGCAGCUUGAAGAACUAGAAAAAGCAGCAUUGUUAGUCGCUGAAGGAGAAAUUGAAAGCAGCGAAGAAAGCAGCUCAACGGACUCUAGCGAUAGCGAAGAAGACAGCGAAGACUCAGACUCGAGAGAACAACAAGAAGAAAUUGARACCAMGAUARCAAACUUGAAUUUAUCAGAUAAUCAACCUCUUGAUGAUAAAAAKGACGAAGAAUUAAGCUCAAGCGAGAAUAUCGAAGAAAAAGACAUUGAGAUUAAAAUAGGAAAUUUAAGUUUAUCAGAUAAACCAGCCAACGGGGAAAAGAAUAGUGAGACAAAUUCAACCAAACCUAAGAUAGUUGUACUAAAUUCAUCUACAUAUUCGACAUGAACAGAAAUCGCUGUACAUAAAUCAACUGGAACGUGUAAAUUAAUAAUAAAAYAUUGCAGUAAAUAAGGCACGUGUUAUAUUCAAAUAAUCAGGUUGUCUUAGACCGCAUACACGGACUUCUGAGUAAAGAACAGAUGCGGUCGCGCGCGCUCUUUACGUUCUUUCCCGAGG